GAACGUUUAAUUGAUAUUGAAUCUAAAGGCCUCAUGCCGGGAGACCUGGUUCCAGAGUCACGCCGUGUUGACUCGAUUCAUGUGAAUAUCCUUCCGGAUGAUCAUAAGAUUGGGUUAUGGUAUCGUCGAUCGGGCAUGGGCGUGGGUUUGGAUGGCUAUGUGGAUGUAGGUUCGGGGAUGUGGGAGAAGGCAUUACUGGAAUACCAUAUUGGGUGACUACUUACCUGGAUAAAGGUUUUAAUGGGACUUUGGUCGGGGGCUUAUCUUGUACGAUUAGAUACCAUUCUGUUAUGGCGUUAGUUUAUAUAUCACUCAUAUUACCAGUUCAAGAGAAUUCAACACAUUCAAUGGUUGUAUAUAAGCAGAU